CAUCGUGAGGAAUACAUCAAGUUUCAUCUCUCACGGUCUGCAACAUGGAUUUAUUAACGUUUCUAACACUGGUUACAGUUUUUGCAUAUUCCCAAGCUAUCAAGUGCCAUGACUGCACCAGCUGGAACCCCUACUGCAGGGAGAAGGUGAACGAGCCCUUCAGCGAGGCCGUCGCCACCGUGGACUGCGACAAAACCAAGACAUGCUUCCUCAAGAAAGAAGAAAGUGGAGUUAUCUCCCGUGGUUGCACUGACUGGUGGAUGGAGACUCAGGUGGAUAUCAACUACGAAGGCUGCCAGACACAGACGGUCAAGUGGUUAGGGAAGCAGACGUGGUGCUUCUGUAAGUCCGACCACUGCAAUGGCGCCUCUGUCGAGAUGCUGGAGUCCGGCAUUCUUCCUCCUCCUCCUCCAUCGGCACCGGAGAAGGCAGAGAAGAGCAACAGGAUACAGGAUGACGGCUGGAAUGGGUGGGAGUUCUCACAGGACUGGCAACAGUGGCAGAAGACGGACGACUCAUCUGAGGAGUGGAAGAACUGGAACGAGAUGGUGACAGUCCCCUGGAGCGAGUGGGAGCACGAUGGCACUGGUCACAAACCAACAGAAGCCCCGGUGAAGGACACCAAACCAGACCAGAAGUUCGAUGACGUGAACCCCGAUUAUAUCCUUGAAGAAGCCGACCACAGUAAAGACCCCGCGUGGCAGCUGUGGUGGUGGCAUGCCGACUCUGACAGGCCCAAGUUCAACGACUUCGAGAAGACCUGGAAGGCGCCCACGUGGGUGGAGAACAACGACGGUCAAGGCUGGGAUUUCCCCAUCACUGCCAGGGAGGAGGAAGUGAAGACACGACCCACAACUACAGAGAGGCAGUGGACUUGGGGGAAAGGAUGGGGACACAUCUUCCCCUGGUGGUCCGGUAAGAAGAUCACGACCACUACCAUGCGGCCUCGCUUGACCUCUGCUUUGUGGACGGAAGCCUCUACUGCUAGCCCUGUAGUGAUCCAGAAUGAAGCUGACAACACGUUGCAGGAGGUGGUGGAGAAGGAGGAGAAAAACGACGUGGACAUCACCAACGACAUCUCUAACGCUGAGUUCUUCUGCUGGGACUGCUACAGCGACAGCCCUCUCUGUGGCACCAGGGUUGACACGCAGAAGGCUCACUACCUCGGCAAGACGCCGUGCCCCAGCACCAACAAAUGUUUCGUCAGGAAACAAGGAGACGUUACCUACCGCGGCUGCGCUGACGGGUGGACUAGCAGCGUCAUCAAGCACGACUACGUGGGCUGCAGAACCCAGAUGUUGUGGGGGAAACCGGUUGAGUGGUGCUUCUGUACUGCGUCUCUGUGUAACGGAGACUCCAUGGAUGACAUCAAGAUAAAAUACCUCAACCCCAACCCUCAUCCAUUUAAAGGAAACGUAUCUACGACAGCGGGCCCUGACAGCACCACAGGCUACGACUCCGACAACACCGGUUCCUCGGACACCAUCGCAGAGCUCACCACAGAAGACCAAACGGCUUCCGACACAAUGUCAUCUACUUCCGAGGAUGACAUUACGAAGGUCACGGACGGCUCCAGCAAAGGGGAGACAACUGAAGACAAGCAUUCAUCGCCCUUCCUCAGCCUUCUGGGCGUAAAGGAACAAGCGUAAAGAGCAUCGAAAUGGACUAAUCAACCCUUUGUAUUUCCUCACGGCCUUGUAAUCGUAUACUACUACCGAGUGCUACAACGGAUACAUCAGUAAUGUACACCGUAGGCAAAUUACCUAUUUAAGCUUCUAGAAAACAUCGCUCGCGUAGACAAUGUUACACUACUGAUUACUAGUUCUGAGGGAACGCCAAACAAUAAUAUUCAGCUGUGAUUGUCAAUGUCAAAAACCUUGACCUUUUGAUUGUUUCCGAGCAUGAGAUAUGAAAACAUAUAUUCUAUUUUGCACUCGUGCUUCGGCACUAAGCUCACAUUUUGUUCUGUUUGAGUAAAAGCUGAGUUUAUUUGUGCCACCUUGUACAACUUUAAAUGUAUGUUUGUAUGUUGUGCUGUUGUCGUCUGUAAUCGCCCAUUGUCAAGUCACAAACACAUGUAUAUAUUUCUCUUAUCUUGAUAUGUACAUAACGUAUAAAAUUCUACUAUUUUAUCCACAACCAAGGAUUUUACUUGGCCCUGUAUUUUUCUCGUUCCCUGGUACUGUUUAAAGCACAAAUUACCUGUUUGAACCGUGAUGUAUCGUGUGUGCGUCUACAUAUUGUUAUUGUCUUGCAUCCGUUGCGCUACAAUCAUUUUUUCUAAUUACCACUUGUUUUACUGAGUGUGCGGGCAGUUUACUGAAUAGCGUCACGGGGCUUGAUUAACGCUGCGAACGAGUGUGUACAGAGUUCAUCACCGUAGUUAUUCUCACGAUCAUGAAAUGAUUGUCUAGUGGUCGAAAGUAUGAGCACCUAGUACAAAGUCAACUAUAUCAUCCAUCUAAAGAAAGUGCCAAUACUCCCUCACACCCAACAUAUAUUGCAGCACCAAUUCGCCUUCAGCAUAUCAAAGCAUUACGUAAUGCUAUGGAAGCAAUGUUAAUUUAAGCCAAUAUACUAACAGGGAAAUAUAUACCUUUUAAAACAACCGGAUUUCGACAUAAAGUGAUUGUCCGUUCCCGUCCACGGGUCAACCCAUGAUAAGUCGAGUUGAGAGUUGACAGCAUAUACAUUAGAAACUGAUAUAUUUCGCCGUAGGAUAAUGUGCUUCCUAUUGUUAGUGCAGGCGCUUCCUGGUUCCUGAACAGCAAAACUAUUUAUGUCCUGUACGCUUUUACACAACUGCAGCUUAUAACAAUACAAUACACAGGAGAGACGGUCGUCCUUUGCCGCCACCAUCCCUAAUGACGUACGUCCACUACAUCCGCCAUAUUGGUCAAGCCUGUCAUAUUUGUUUUCGUGUUUCCCCGGUGGUUAGGCAUGUGAGAAAACUAAUCAAUUGCGGUUGUCAGUUGAAGUGAAAUAUAAACAUCGUAUUGACACAGGCAGGUGUACGUGGACAGCAGACUUCUGACCGCGCCUUUUGCCCGACAUUUUUUACCCUGAGACGUUGACGCUGGCAGCAACACGUUUCCUAAAAACAAGGCAACGAUCUAAUUAAUUACCAAUUUCUCAUUUUAAGGUUUUGAAUGUGGGUUGCUCAUAGCCUGUCAAUUUGAAAACCAAAUUCUGAAAAAGAUAUCGUUACAUUAUCACUACAGCUUGAAUUGUUUCAACAUUUUGAUACAGACAUUCUCCGAAAGUGAUUUCUAAUACAAUUGUUCUUCUGUCGGAAACCAUUACCCGUUCAUUGUUACGUGAAGUCUACGACUGCCAUCAACUCGUAUAAAAUGACAUAGCUUAGUGUUGGUCCCAGUCCGAAGACCGUAUUUUAUGGGUCCAGAUUUUGACAAGCUAAUCUCUAUGACUGUUAUGUCAUUACCAGAAAACAUACUUUUCUACCGUCUCCCUCAAGUCCAAGAGACCAUGAUGUCGGAACGGUCACAAUCUCUAAUCAUAUACCGUAUUUCCUCUAUUAGACGCCAGGGCUUCUAUUUAUUUCGGACAAGCCUUUGACCCGGCGUCUAUUGGAGGCCCAGCGUCUAUUGGAGGCCCGGCUUCUAUUAAUACCCCAAUUUCACUAUGACCACGAUUGUCCCGAAUCGUCACGAAAUGGAAAUAUUUUGUGUUUGUAGAUAUCCGUAGAUAUAUCUCAAUCAAGUCUCGACCCGGCGUCUAUUAGAGCCCCGACUUCUAUUUUUUGCACUGAACAAUUGACCCGGCGUCUAUUAGAGGCCGGCGUCUAUUAGAGGCCGGCGUCUAAUAGAGGAAAUACGGUAAAUUAUCGAGCUUACUGGCUUGCAGAUCGACCUUAUGGUUCGGCCUUGUCCUGGAAACAAUGGUUUUCAGUGGUUCGGCUGUGGGUCCUGGAACACAUUCAGUUUGGUUUUCAGUGACGUGCAUCUUAGUUAACCGCAUUGCCGUUGUAGCUUAGCGCUUGUGUACAUGGCUGAACAUGCUUGAAACUGUUUAUCCCAACAAGGAGCGUCUGGCAGGUUAUGGAGCUAUUGCUGCUGUUGCUUGUGUUCAGUGUAUCAAUUCAGUAUUAUAAGAGUGUGUUGUUUCGUGUCUUGUCGUUGAUUGGUGCAAAUAUAUUUAACAUAUUUGCUGGUAACACAACAGGUGAGAAUGUGUAUUUGUGCCGCAACAACAAGUAGUGUUCUGUUUGUUCACAGCUGGGACUGAGGGGUCGGCAAGGCGCGUGGUAUGUUUUCACUGCUUCUGAGGUACCUUGGGUACUCCUGAUGUAUAGAUACAUCUCAAACGGACAAUUCGGGGAUUGUGUAAAAUAGACUUAUCUAUAUGUUGUAGAUAUUUCCGCGAUUAUUGUAUGAAUGUUGUUUGUUAAUCACUUGUUUGAUAUAUUAUUUCAUGAAUGCACGUGCUUCAAAUGUAAAUAAUCAUCACUAUUAGACAUAUGUGUAUAUUUGACUAUAUAUACUUGUUUAUAUUUCUAUGGGAAAUAAAUCACACAUACAUACACUA